GUGAAAUUGAACGCAAAGGCGGGCAAAGUCCAAGGAAAAGUGUUUAUACUAAAGAACAAUGCACGUUAUAGAAGUUUCACUGCAUAACUAAAUGAAAGCGACCAUGGAGUUUAGGACUAUAUUCAUGUUUCUUCCAGUUUUACCGAUGAUAUCUCUUCAGGAUGGGGAUCUACGUGCUCCAUGUCCAGUAUUUACGGAAAAUUCUGUCUUUGUUAAUGCUACAUCGGGGAAUGACUCUCGAAAUUGUGGAUCGAUAGAAAGUCCUUGUAAGACAAUAUCGUACGCUGUAAACCAGAAAUUGGAAUACAGCUCGGUUCUAAUCAAUAUUUCAUGGGGUGUUUACAAGGAGGAACGCAGCAUUAAACUGGACUGUGGCAGAUCGAAGUUGCAGAGGAUUUGUGUUUGGGGACAAAGGUAUAAAACUUAAGCUUAAUGUCACGGCUAAUGUGUUUAUAAGCAAGUACAUAGAUGUCAUUCUUUAACUUAAAGUAGAACACUCACUGCAAACCUGUCUAUAAAAGAAUGAUGUACUUUAAAGUUACAUUAUUACUCAUUGAUAGCUGCCCCAGGUGCACCUCGUUGUAGGCAUUACAGUUAGCCCUUCUCCACCGCCCCUAGGCGUAUUUUGUCUCACACUGGAUCUACAAAAUUACAUUAGUUAGUCUUGGUUUCUUGUGUAGCCCUCACCACUGUAAUUAAACGAGGCAAAUACUCAAUUCCUAGAAAAAUUGCUGGGACCCUUGUUUAAAAAUCUGAGGCCUUUCAGAAAAAAGUUCCAAACUCCAAAACUGAAAGAAACACAUGAAAGCAAGACUCUAAUGCUUAUUAAAAAUCCUCUCAAGAUUCUGAGAUCAGAUUAAGAAUAUUAUUGAUGUUCUUAGGUCCCCAAAUAUACAUCUGCAUGGUGUACCAAUGUUAUUAUCACCCCUAGCUGCAUAUGUUAGUUUUUCUAGUGGAGCUUUGUUUAGUUUCUAUUACACUUAUCAGGGCUGCAAAUAACACUCAAAUAUCAGUCCUUGUCCCUCUAAAUAUUGGCUUGUGUCCAACAAAAUUUUAACUGGAGCCGGACAUUAUGUCUGGUCAAAGAUAAUACCAAAGAUCAGACUAACAUUUCGCAAAUGGACAAACUCUACCUUGAACACAUGUACAUUGUCUUAUCAUUAUAUGCAAACAAUUCUUCCUUUUCAUUGGCCAAGAGCCUCUUACGUGACCUGCAAAUAACUGCGUACAAAGAAUGGUCUGCUCAUGUGCAAUGUCAUUCAACUUUGUUCGGCUGCAAGUAAUAUUCUGCUCAUGCGUAAAUUAAACCAUGCUUUUUUCCUUCUUGCUAUUGCUCUUGCGUGAAAAUGGCACAAUGGCAGACAUUCAUUAAAAAACAAAUUUGGUGACCAAAAUAAAACAAACUAUCAUGACUUUUCAGUGUCUCGCAGAUCAAUAUUAUUUGUCUCAGCCUUCAAGUUUUGGCAAAUAAUAAUUGAUCUGCUCCCCACUGGUAAAUCACAAUAUUUUGCUCAACCUGGUCCAGUAAUUGUUAAUUAUCAGUGAGAAUGUUUUACAUUAUUGCCACAAUAUUUUUAUGAGGUCCUGUUAUAGCUUCCCAAACAGGCAUUCCUAGAGAUUCGUCAGGCGUUCCUGCCCAUGGGGCAGGAACACGUGACCAACCCCUAAGAAUGUCUGCGUGGGAGGCUAGCCCUGUUAGAGUAAAAUUCCAACAAGUGAGAAUGGCCUUGAAACAGUGACAUAAGACAGAUGAAAUGGCGACAAAACGACGUGAGGAUGGGUUGAAACUGCGACAGCAACAAGAAGAAUAGCAAAUUUAUACAAUUUAUUAGUAAAAUUCUGACAGCAACAUGGCCUCCUCCUCAAUACAUGAAAACAAAUGGUUUUGAAAUUCAGACUGGGGACAUACGUGCUCUGCUUGUGAGGGCCUCAAUUAUGUGGCUUUAAUCAUUCUCCUGCAUAUUCUGUGUCUGCCUACAUUGUACAUGUUUCCUUUAAAAUUAUGUGCAAAUGCAUUAUUCAUUGAGUUCAACCACUUUAAUUAGGUUCUGUUAAUAUUUUUCAAUAGGCAAGGUGAAAACAUUGUGCAAGUUGAUGUCUCUUUUGAUGUGCAGUUGUGUGAAAUGAGCAUUAUUGACCUUCAUUGGAAAAAGGGGAGCCCUGUGUUACAUAAAGCUUUGUUAUCUAAUUUAACCAUCUGUCAAAGCACCAUGGACCAAACUGAUGUCAGUAUCCUUGGAAGCUCAUCAAAUAUUGUUCUUCAAGACAGUAGCAUUGCAAACAGUUCUGGUUAUAAACAAAAGCUGCCUAUUCUUUCAGUGAACUCUUUUCCAGGUUAUCAUACUCACUUGCAAAUCAAGUAUUGCAAUUUUUCAGCUAAUAAUGGAUCCGUCAUCUUCAUAGCAAACUUGCAAGCUUCUAUUAUCAAUUCACACUUUGAAGGAAACAAAGAAUUUUCUCCUGGGAGAAAAAUUAUCACCUCACAGUUUUCACAUCUCAUUGUGUCCACCUCAAGAUUUAUUUCAAAUUCUGGCACUCUACUGGGAAUCAAAAGUUCUGGCAGUUUAAAUCUCAGUGAAAGUUUAUUUGUCAGAAAUAAAGGGCUUAUUGGUUCAGUUAUUGUGAUGGAAGGAGUAUCGAGGAGUGUUGUUAAAGAUUGUGUCUUUCAAGAUUCCAGCAGUUCUAAAGAAGGUCCUGUUAUGAGAAUCAAGGAUAGCAACUCCUCAGCUAGCUUAGAGGUCAGUGAUUUGGAUGCAGUGACUUGGCAGGUUUAAAGUACAGGUCUCUGCUCAAGCAUAUUCUGCUAGAUCUAAGACAGCAUUAUGUUAUGGAUAAUGAGUGUGGCUAGAGGACACUUUUUGCUCUGUUCAUUUAUCUUAAGCUUAAUCUACUGUACUUUGACUGAGACAUGUGGUCUGUAUUUUAGACCUGCUGGCUGUCAAGUAUAAUAAUAAACAACUAUUUAGGGCCUGUUUACAUGGAGUGGGGGACCCCGGUCUAGUGGGGUAAGUUUCUUUUGUUUUGUGCCCUCCAGAGCGUGAAAACAAAAGAAACCAACCCCACUAGACCGGGGUCCCCCACUCCAUGUAAACAGGCCGUUAGUGCUGGGUAACCAGAAUAUAAAAAGAUAAUUAACUGCUAAAGAGAUUUUAUUUGAAUUUUAGGUGACAGUAAGAUGGAAUCAGUUGCCACUUAUAGAUGGAUUAAUAAAUUAUUAAUAAUUCUCCCCUCCCCCCCCCACCCCCUUUUUUGUGUGAGAACAAUUUUUACAUUUUAUCAUUUUAUUCUUUCUGUCUUGUCAACAGAAUUGUGAUUUUAGUUGUAAUGCAGUUCACAGCAAUGUAUUUCUGCCUCCUGUUUUGUCACCUGGAGUGGAUCAAGUGACUUGUGAUAAUUGCAGUGUGGACCGUAACUGUCCAGGUAAUUUAACAAACUAGUGAUAAGCAAAGGUUACAGAGUGCAGGCAAGAAUGAUCGAAGGUCAAAAUGUUUUUGCUCUCACGCUGUGCUUUGCAUAAGUUUCACAUGACAGAUGGUCAAAACACGUGCGAUCAGAUUACGAGUGGUUGGAGGUCCAAACACGCGUGAUCAAACUGGAUUAUGUGUAUUCCAUUCAUUCUUAGUGGAAUUCCAAACAAAUGCUGGCUACAUACAUGCGAUGCAUGCAUAAUAACUUGGAGAUUAGGAUUGCGGGCUCCUCUUGUCGCUGUGCAAUAAGCAAAUGGAAUUUGAGUCUGAACUUGAAUGUGAAAAUAAAAGUAACAAGAGCCUCUUUUGUUUGGAGCAACUGGAAACAAUGAACCGUUAUGUACAAUAUCUUAUCUAUCUGUAAAUAAUUUGAAUAAUGAUGAUAAUAGAAUAAAUAUUAAUAAUAACCAGUCAUUGUGGGAGCUCUGGGGGUGAUACAAAAGAACCUAAUUUGGCUAAAGGAUCACUUGAGAGGUCUAGGGUCAGAACUUUGCAAACAUUUCUGCUUCUUGGAACAGCCAUCAUCUGGGAAAGGUCUUUGAAGUCUUUCUAAGGUCCAGGCUAAAAGUUUGUUUCUUGGACAAUGAACAUCUGUAAAAUUACUAAGAGAUAUAUUAUGACAAUAAUUAUUUGACUACAAAACUCUUGUGUCUUGUGUAGUGUUUUUUCCACUGGCUGUCCUUUCUUCCCUUGUCUAGUACAUUGUGCCCCAGGGGAAUUCCUCGAAAGUAACAUUCUGUGCAAGCCAUGUCCUGUUGGAAGUUACAGCCCUGGUGUUGUCAUGAACAAAACUGUGGAGAAAUGUGCCAGGUUAGCUAUGCAAUUUAUAAUUUUUUGCCUCAUGAUAAUGAAGCGUACAAUAUGGGUGAACUCUCAGGUUCAUGCCACUGAAAGAGAGAGAAUCAUUUAUUGAACAGUAAAGUCUCCAGCGGAGAUUAAUAGGAUGUGUGGUAUUAUUAUACAACUAAUCAUAACUAUAACAAAAUUCUCAAAGCUGAUUGGCUAUCAACUGUCCUGAUUUCAGCACUAAUAGGACAGUGUAAUAGGACAGUACAUCAUGCACGCGCCCACGUAAAUAGCUUUUUCCACCGCUAGCAAAAAAACUCUUGGACUUUCUUGUGUUGUAAGUUUAAAAAAAUCCUUUAGUUAUAGUUAUGAUUAAUUGGUAACAGAACUUCGUGUCAUCCAAUUCGGUCUGUAAUCACGCUUGUGAUUAAAUGAAUCGGACUCCUGCUUUGCGGACAUCCGAUUUUCUCAAUCACUUGUAUGAUUACAGACUGAAUGGGACUCCACUCAGUCCUAUUACCAUUGCGGUUAAAUGGUGCAAUUAGAGCUAAAAAUAUCAUGGAGAAAUAGUUGGUAUACUGUAGUAGUGGUGUGCCAAUCAUUGAUUAUAAUCAAUCAUUGAUUGAAGUAGUAGCUGGCCGUAAAAUACAUUUUUAGGUCUACUUACUGCAAUCAGAAAGGUUACAAGAGUGGAUCAAAAUGACAAACAGAUAUAAACAGCUUGCGAAGAUCAAAGUGAAACUCAAGUUGGUUCCCAGGGUUCUCUCCUCGCUGUCUUGUUUUCAUGUUGUCCACAACAAACGUGGCAACUGAGUUUUUUAUCAAUAGAUUUUCCGAUUAUAAUCGAUGUCAAAUUGGUUGGGUCAAUCUGAUUAUUUCCGAUGAUCGAUGAUAAAAUCUCAGCCAAUUCCCAUCACUGUACUGUAGCUAACACUUAUAAGGUGCCCCAGUAAAGGGCCCAUCUACCUGUAAACAAAAGAAUACAUCCGAUUGUAAGCCUCCCCCCUGGAUAUAAGCCCCCUUGGGUAUAAGGCCCCCUUAACUUGCUGUCAUUAAGAGCCUGGGGUCAGGGAAUUCCCCUGGCUACUAUGAAUGUGGUCCCCGGCUACUUUCAUUAGAAAAAGAAGACAAAUCGAUCCAAAAGGAAUCCCUAGCUGUUUGAUUCCGCGCCUACUUGUUGUAUUUACCUCCCAGUAACUUGAAAUCUUACUGACAACCCUGUAUAAGGCUCCUCGGAUGCAAAUCCCUUGGUUUAAAAGCCCUCUUGAAAUCCCUACUGAGAUGUAUAAGGGGCAGUUUACAGGUUUAGUUAUUGUUAUGUAUUUUGUUUCGUUUUGCUCUUAUUCAUAGCUGUCCGGCUGGUACUUAUGGCUCAAAAGAGAGGGCUAAAACAUGUACGUUGUGUGGGAAGGAUACAUUCUCUUCAAAGGACAGGUGAGUUUUCAUCACAUCGUUAACAGAGUGAUUCCCUUACAGGGAACAGUUACCCAGGCUUUAAGAGAUCAACUCUUGAGUUACAGCAGAAGUGGAGUUAUAUGCUUCUGGUUACAAAUGUGCCAAUGAAACAGCAAUUGAAGGUUCAGAAAAAGUGUUAUAACAAAGGGAGUAAAGUGGCACAAUGGGCAACCCAUCAGUGCCAAUAAAAAUUAAAUAAAUAAGUAAUUAUUUUGAUAACAAUAAUAAAAAUUCGUGUAUUUACCCUCAGCAGUAUUUAUAGCACUAAUACUAGUGGGGCCUAGCAAAUCCCUGAAACAAAUAAAUUAAAUCAAACAUAAACAAGUUAAGAAUCCAGCUGGCCUGAGGCGAACCAGUUAGCUAUUUACAGGCAUGGUCAAGGAUUUGAACUCGGGACUUAACUGAGAAAAAAAAACCAGCUAGCAGUCAGGGUGGGACUUGAACUCGGAGCCUUUCGAAUUACAAGUCCUGCGCUCUAACUGCUUGGCCACACUGCCUCCACACAAAACGUGUUACAAUUAGUGUAGCCGUAGAUGUAGAUGUCAAAGGUGUAGUGAUUACAUCAGUUUGACUGUACAUCAUGAUCCUUGGCUUUUAACUGGCCCUUACUGACAGGCCGAGGCGUUUGUGGCUGCUGCCAUUGUAGAAAGGUGGCCAUUACAGAGAGAUUAAGACCAUGGGGGUGGAAUGGGGGGUUGGGGGAAGGUGCCACUCAACUUCCCAGUUUAAGGGCCUGUUUACGUGGAGGUGGGGGACCCCAGGUAGCUGAGGUAACCCGCCUGUCCAUAUAAUAUAAUCUCUCACGUUAAUGUGAUCGCAUUUACAUGAUAGGUGGGGUGACCCGCCACAUGUUACCUCACCUAUCUGGUGUCCCCCGUCCUCCAUGUAAACAGGCCCUAAGACAAUAGGCCUCUUUUGAUGACCUUGUUGAUUCAUUUCAUUUUGCGUAAAGAAUUAAAGAACAGUUGAAAUUGCAACCAUGGAACAAGAUUUUGGGGAAAAUACUAUUGUUACCAUAAAUGUGUUUAACAGUUGUAACUGUUUUGUGCCUGUUUCAGGUCAACUUUUUGUGGCAAAUGUAAAAAUGAUUGCUUCACGUCUGGACGAGGUCAAGCAUCGUGCUCCAAAUGUGAGUAAGACUCGCUUGUUCAUAGUGGAGCAAUUUUAUUUCCCAGUUUGAAUAAACUUCUUUUUGUCAUUGGGGGCAAUGGCAUUGUAUUCGGUUUGUACGCUGUCUUGACUUCAGGGGCCUGGGGCCCUUCUCUCGAAAGGCCCGGUAACUUUUCGGGUCCGAAGGCAAAUUUUAAAGUCAAAACCUAGCUAAACCUGUUGAAUAUUAGCACGGUUCCAAGCUCACAAACUGAAUGUCUCCUUGUCUUUCCUGGCCGGUUAAAGUCGCAUUUUGUCGAGUUUUGCACUCUGGAUAGUACCUACGAGUUCAAAACUCGACAAAAUGCUACUUUGACCGGCCAGGAAAGACAAGGAGACGUUCAGUUAAAGGUAUGUUAGCUUUGCGUUGUUAUAUUUUGACUUCUAGACUGUUUUAUUUCAUGGGAGAUUCGACGACUCAUCCCAUUUUGUCCAUGUUAUUGACUGAAAAUCUGAUUGUGAGCUCCCUCACUUAAAAGUGAUUAUUUUAACUCACUUACUUUGUGAAAUGUAGACGAACUCUCUUGGAGUUGAAUUCCUCAGAAGAAUAUCCAACUUGAGAAAGAAAGAGAAAAUUUCGUCGUCCCUGAAAAUAGGUAUUUGCGCGUCCUGUCGAGCAGUUAUGGCAAAGAAGUGUACAAAAAAGCGUGAUGCACGUGCAAAGUUGUUGUCAACUUUGCACGUGCAUCACGCGCAUCCGUAACUGCACGACUACUACUUGUAAAUACCGAUUUUCAGUGUUUUCGUCGUUGUCGUCGGAUCUUAAGGUUGUUUCCUCUACUUGAAGAUGGCGACAAUCACAUGAGCCUCGAGUAAAGAAGUGUCGUGGUAGGAGUCAAACUUGCGACGGCGUUGGACCGAGAGAACGUCACCAACUCAACUGCGCCACCAAUCGUUUCGAUACAAAAGGCUUCAUUAUUCAUUCAAAAUGUUAUUUUGCUCGGUUCCUGAUUGGCUUAAAUCCUCUCGCUGAUGUUUUAUAACGAGCUAGCGCUGUCUACAAGAACCCGUUUACAGGGUACCGGACAAAUUUUUAAACCGGCGAAUUUUUUUCGUGUGCAACCCGUUUACACAGAACCGUGCAAAUUCUGUUACAGAUUGCAGUACAUGUAGAGCGAUUUUCGUAUGACCUUGAAAAAUGGUUUCGGUAAGUGUUCGUUAUUCGUUUUAUCAGCCAAUGGAUGAAAAGAUCAAGACAAGGCAUCUUCGUUUUCCCGCCAAAAAAAAACCCUAAUAUGGAGAAGGCACUGUUCGAUUGGCCAUUCGUGUUGCAGUAUGACGUCAAAGCGAAGUUUCGAUUGAUUUCUAGGAGGUUCUCGGGCAUGAAGUUUUUUCAGCCGAGCGUUCGCUUAACCAACCAAUAGCCAAGCGCGUUUGUAUCCGUUCGAUAAACCGAUCAAAUUGCUCUAUUUCCGUUCGUUUGUUGUUUCUGUUUCGUUCGCGCCUUUUCAUGUCACGAUCAUACAAAAAUCGCUCUAUUGUUUGCCGUUCAAAAGCUUGUACGGUUCCGCAGUUCCCGUGUCAACGAUGCGCGGAUCCGUGCAAGUGUUUGCCCGUUUAAAAAUUUUGCCGGACCUUAUAAACGGGGUCUAAAUUUGGAGGUUUUCUUUUUUCACUAGUUCAAUGAUUUUUGCAGCUUCUCUUUAGGUUUUCUAUUGUGUGGAAUAUCUUUUAUUAUUAGACGAAUGACGUCAUUGUCCAUUUUCAGAGCCUCCUCCUCUACAUAAUGAGCGCUUACCAUUUGCACGGAAAUUUCUGUGGAAAAUUUCUGUCAAAUGGUUCUGGUAGUUUUUUUUUCUGGCACCGAAAACAGGAAGGGGUUUGGGUUGCCGCCAUUUACAAAAUACCGGUAAAGUUUUCACUUUUUUUGACAUGAAGCCUGGCACUAGUAAUCCAAACAAAUGGUACAGAAAAUUUCGGUCGUUUCGGUAAAGUUGGAAAAAGGUAAUACCUCGAAAGGUCUUACUUUUUUACGGAAAAUUCCCUCCGGGACGAACCGUUCCAUUUGAAUUCUCCCUGGAAUUUCCGGGUUUUCCAUACAAAUGGUAAGCGCUCAAUGCUUGCUUUCGUUCUUAGCGUCAUUCAGUUAUUAGGGCCAUUUAUACGAGACAUACGAGGAAAAAUAAGUAAGACGCGAACUGUACCAUUUAUACGAACAUGUCUUAUCUAAUAAGACGCGUCUUAGCUAAGCCGCGUCUUAUUUUAGACGAAAUGUGCCGUUUAUACGGAAAGUUCGCGUCCUAUUUAAGAUGCGUCUUAUGUAAGACGCGUCUUAUUUUUCCUCGUAUAAAUGGCCCUAUUGUUUUCCUUAUACCCUAGCCCUAAUCCCAAACCAUGUUUCCAAGGUUCUUUGGAUUUUUAUUUUAAAAUAUCAUUUUGGGGACCCCGAUAGUUCUAUAUUACUGUUUGUUUCUAAGACAACCAAAUUGAUGUCUUGGAAGGCACAUUUACAUCCGACGAUUUCUCGUUGCUUUUCAGCCUACAGUCAAUAAUAAGAGAGAAAUUUUGGAAUUGGCAACAAAUUUCUCAGAAAUGUGCUUAGUAUCGGUCUUUGAUUUUAUUUUUCAGUGACCGUUGGAUUUAUCACCCUCAUAGUGUUGGUGGGCCUGUUAAUUACUGUUCCUCUCGUAAUACUGCUGCUUCGUGGGCCACAGGCUAACCCGGAAUUCAACAAUUAUUCUAUUUGCUUUCGACGGGAGGAUCGGUCGCGACUGUUGGGAAAACGAAACAAGAGGAACUUCUCUAUACAGGAAGGAGACGAGGACAGUGUUUCGGGAUUGUUAACUUGAGUGUACUCCCAGAAUGAGCCACUGAGUUCUCAAGGUGUAUCGUAGGAAACAAUGACAUGAGAAUUAUGUGCAUGUGUUUGCGUGUGUAAACUACGUGAGAAUUAUAGAGAUACACUUCCUCAGGCACAAAAUACCUCCGAGAAUGAACAAGAAAAUAGAAAGGUCUUAGUUUCAAAGUUGAAGGAUUUUGAGCGACUUUUUUUGGAAAUAACCUAAUAGGGAUUGAAAACGAAAUCGAACGUUUCAAAUCACUUUCUUACUUAUCUUUAAGCAAAGACACUGUUUAAUAGUUUAGUUGAAUAUUCCUUAGAGGAAUCCCAUAUGAAAGAGACGGGGAUGCUCUGUCAAAAAAUUUAGUUUAUUCUCUCUUGUUUGCACUCCUAAAGUCUUGGCCCAGACUUGAUCACCCCUCCCUCCCCCUCCCCUUUCCAUUACCACCACCACUACCACUACCAAGUGGGAGCUAUUAUGAUUAUGAUUGCAUGCACUUAAGAUGUUGACACGUCGUUGUCUCCACCAAGCGAUA